AACCCGUCGCCUUCACGGCGUGGCUCGCCGACGUCAUGCAUCUCGCCGCGUCGCUGCGCCUCGCCAAGCACGACCUCCUGGACUUUUUGGACGAGUGCUGCCUCGGUGCGCUCCUUCCCGGGAGCGAGCAGGAGCGCCUCGUCGCCGAGCCUUGUCUCGGCGAGGGCGGCGCUCUCUAUCCUCGGCCAAUGGUGAUCUACAGCCGGCCAUUCGCGUCGCCAGCGUGCCGGCGGGACUCGCUCGACCGCAUGGAGAAUCUUCGGAUCAGCCGCGCUGGCUGCCGAGAGAGACGGCUCCACUUCUCGUGCUCUUGGCGUCUCGGCGACAGGCCGAGGCGCGUGGCGCUGCUGAUCGACGACGCGCAGGAGGAGUACCGCUCGCUCAUGCCGCCACGCGUCCUCUCUCGCCUCUGCGAUCUCGUCGCUGCGGCGCGAGCCGCCGGCGUCGUCGUCCUCUGGUCCCGCUGGUGCCGCACCUCGCCCACCGACGCGCACUACGGCGCCCUCGACGAGUACUUUGGCCCAUGGGGCGUCGCGUCGCACGACAACCCGCUCUACCUCGCAUCGGACAAGGGACGCGCCAUCAUGCACGAGCUUGCUCCUCCGAGAGGUCGCGCGUCAUCGACUCGCACGCCUUCGACGCCUUCGCGGCGAGGCGGCGAGACGGGCGCUCCGUGCUGCGUGCAGAGCUCGACGCGCACGGCGUCGACACGCUCCUGCUGGCGGGCUGCUGGACAGAGUCGUGCGUCCUCUCCACCGCGAUCCGGGCGGUGGCAGAGGACCUCAACGUGGCGGUGGCGUCCGACGCCGUCUUCACGUGCGCGGACGCCGGGCCGGCGGCGCUGCGCGUUCUCGGCGUGUACUGCUGCAUGGUUCGCGCCGCAGAGAUGUCGGCGUAUCUGCGAGACCUUGCCUCGGCUGGGACUCUGGCGGAGGCUGACGCGACGGCAGUCGAGCGGACGGCAGCGCUGCCAGUGGCGUUGGCGCAGCCUCUGCCUCCUCGCUCCUGCCAGCGCUGAGGCCACGUGAUCUCGUCUUCUCGUGUUCCCCUCGCACUUGCCACUUGUUUUUAUACUCCACCGCAUCG